AAUCCCUUCAAGCGCACUCGCUCGCCAUCACCUCCAGUCCGUCCUGUAAGGCUGAAAGUUGGUCGUAUCUCGAAGCCGCCUGAACCGUCUAUGUCUUACUCGUCACCAUCAUCGACGAUCAGAGCAGAUGUCAUCGGUUCGGAAGCCGCGAGAAGCUCUGAGAAGUUUAUCUCAAGCACUUCGAAUUCGAAGUUGCCUUCUCGACAGUCAAUUUUCGGCGAGCCACAAGGCGAUAAUACAACAAAAGGACAAGACACAACCAAAACAUCCAGUCGAAUAUCGUGGAGUGACCCAGCAAACACAAUUGAGAAACCAUUAUCGGAGAGUCGAACUCCUGAGCAGCAAAAGGAACAUUCUGAACGUCCGAAAACGCAAGGGGUAGAUGCGAGCAAGGCAGAUGCUUUUGAUGAUGAAGACGACGAUGGAAUGGUAUGCGAUGUAAAACUUUGA